UAAUUCUAUUUCCCCAUCAGUCCAAGCUCUGUUGACAGAGUAUCAGCCAUCAUGCCUAACGGUGCUCCUUUGAUCAACACUGCCAACGGCGCCUCCGCCAACGACAACAUCACCCGCUUCGACCCCCCCAGCCGUGUGCUUUCUCCCCUCAACCACACCCUCUUCCACAACAAGACGAGAUGUUUCGUAUAUGGUAUGCAGCCCCGGGCUGUCCAGGGUAUGCUGGACUUCGACUUCAUCUGCAAGCGUAGCACUCCCUCCGUCGCCGGUAUCAUCUACACUUUCGGUGGCCAGUUCGUCAGCAAGAUGUACUGGGGUACCAGCGAGACUCUCCUCCCCGUCUACCAGGAUGUCUCCAAGGCCAUGGCCAAGCACCCCGACGUUGACACCGUCGUCAACUUCGCUUCUUCCCGUUCCGUCUACAGCUCUACCAUGGAGCUCAUGGAGUGCCCCCAGAUCAAGAGCAUUGCCAUCAUUGCUGAGGGUGUCCCCGAGAGACGUGCUCGUGAGAUCCUCGUCACUGCCAAGGAGAAGGGCAUCACCAUCAUCGGCCCUGCUACCGUCGGUGGUAUCAAGCCCGGUGCUUUCAAGAUCGGUAACACUGGUGGUAUGAUGGACAACAUUGUUGCCUCCAAGCUCUACCGCAAGGGUUCCGUCGGUUACGUCUCCAAGUCCGGUGGUAUGUCCAACGAGUUGAACAACAUCAUCUCCCAGAACACCGACGGUGUGUACGAGGGUGUUGCCAUUGGUGGCGACCGUUACCCCGGUACCACUUUCAUCGACCACCUUCUCCGUUACCAGGCCGAGCCUGAGUGCAAGAUCCUCGUCCUCCUCGGUGAGGUCGGUGGUGUUGAGGAGUACCGUGUCAUUGAGGCCGUCAAGAACGGCACCAUCACCAAGCCCAUUGUCGCCUGGGCCAUCGGUACCUGCGCCAGCAUGUUCAAGACUGAGGUUCAGUUCGGUCACGCCGGUGCUUCCGCCAACUCCGACCUGGAGACCGCCGUCGCCAAGAACAAGGCCAUGCGUGAGGCUGGCAUCCACGUCCCCGAGACCUUCGAGGAGCUUCCCCAGACUCUUGCCCAGGUCUACAACGAGCAGGUCCAGAAGGGCGUCAUUGUGCCCCAGAAGGAGCCCGUUCCCCCCAAGAUCCCCAUCGACUACUCCUGGGCUCAGGAGCUCGGUCUCAUCCGUAAGCCCGCUGCUUUCAUCUCCACCAUCUCCGACGACCGUGGCCAGGAGCUCCUGUAUGCUGGUAUGCCCAUCUCCGAUGUCUUCAAGGAGGACAUUGGUAUCGGUGGUGUCAUGUCCCUCCUUUGGUUCCGUCGCCGCCUGCCUACCUACGCCAGCAAGUUCUUGGAGAUGGUUCUCAUGCUUACCGCUGAUCACGGUCCUGCCGUCUCUGGUGCCAUGAACACCAUCAUCACCACCCGUGCUGGUAAGGACCUGAUCAGUGCCCUGGUCUCUGGUCUCCUGACCAUUGGUUCCCGCUUCGGUGGUGCCCUGGACGGUGCUGCUGAGGAGUUCACCAAGGCCUUCGACAAGGGCAUGAGCCCCCGUGACUUCGUCGACACCAUGCGCAAGGAGAACAAGCUGAUCCCCGGUAUUGGUCACCGUAUCAAGUCCCGCAACAACCCCGAUCUCCGUGUCGAGCUGGUCAAGGAGUACGUCAAGAAGAACUUCCCCAGCACCAAGCUCCUCGACUACGCGCUUGCCGUCGAGAGCGUCACCACCUCCAAGAAGGACAACCUGAUCCUCAACGUCGACGGCUGCAUUGCUGUCUGCUUCGUUGAUCUCAUGCGCCACUGCGGUGCCUUCUCCCCCGAGGAGACCGAGGACUACAUGAAGAUGGGUGUCCUCAACGGUCUCUUCGUCCUUGGUCGCUCGAUUGGUCUCAUUGCCCACUACCUCGACCAGAAGAGACUGCGCACCGGUCUCUACCGCCACCCCUGGGACGACAUCACCUACCUCCUCCCCGCCCUCCAGAAGGGUGGCUCGGAAGGCCGUGUUGAGGUCUCCGUCUAAUUUCCUACCAUCCCCUUUUAAUAUACUUGCAUUUCAUGACCUAGUCAUAAAAUCCGUCCCAGCUGACGUCGGAGUUAUGAUGGCUUGUUUUUCUCUUUUCUGCAUUGGCUUGGUUCACUUCAUACCUCUUCCUUUCCAACUUACAAUCUGUAGUGGCACGUGUGGCAUGACUAGCUGAUAAGGUUGAUGAAUUUAACGCGAUGAUUCAGACAAGGUGCUUUUCAUAGAAUAAUCAAUCGUAAAUUAUGAUUCUGAAUUGACUUUUAGACACG